AUGUGGAUAUGGCUUCUGCUGGUGCUAUGGAAGGCCUCCAUGGUGAAAGCAAAGGAUCCAACCGCAAAAGAAGUUUCAGCGACUUUGGACUCGAUCCUACUCGAUUAUGAUCAUCGACUUAGGCCAGACAUUGGCAAGAAACCCCUGUAUGUUCAGUCUGAUGUUUUCAUCACAGGCUUCGGACCAGUGGAUGAUCAAAAACGAGAAUUCACAGUUGACAUGUUCCUGCGCCAGAAAUGGAAAGAUCCUCGACUCGCUUAUCAGUCAAUCAUGAGCAAAAACGGAGAACUCAAAGCUACCCAUAUCAAGUCUCUCAGCCUCAGCAAUGUCAUGAUUAAUCGAAUAUGGACUCCAGAUGCCUUCUUUAGAAAUGGAAAGAAAUCAGUGAACCAUAACAUGACCUUGCCCAACAGAUUACUUCGGAUUAAUGCCACUGGAGAUAUUCUGUAUACCUCGCGACUUACUAUCAGAGCCAACUGCCCAAUGACUGUUACUAAUUUCCCUAUGGAUGUGCACACCUGCAAUUUGACCUAUGGAUCCUACGGGUACACGGUUGAGGACGUGAUCUUCAACUGGACGACAAAGAGCAAUUUGGGCGGACAAAGCGAGCCCGUAGAUUGCCCAACCGCUAAUUCCAGGCUGAUUCAAUUUGCCUUGCUUCACCAUAGUUGGACAGAAGAAGUAAUAGAUCAUCAAUUCGGAAAAUAUUCUGUACUUAUCAUAAGCUUCCACUUGAAGCGCCACCUUGGCUACUUUAUCGUCCAAACCUACCUGCCCUGUAUGCUUAUUGUAAUAUUAUCACAAGUGUCUUUCUGGGUGAAUAAAGAAGCCACGCCCGCGCGAAUGGUCUUUGGUGUCAUGACAGUUCUGUCACUGACAACAUUGAGCAUCUCGGAGCGGCGCAGCAUACCUAACGUGUCUUACCUCACUGCCAUGGACUGGUUUAUCGUCACUUGCUUCACCUAUUGCUUUGCCGCGCUAAUAGAAUUCGCCUCUGUCAAUUACUUUACGGUUAUUAGACCACGCGCGCUCAUCCAACAACUCGAAGUCAACGGAGACGAUUCAGACUCGGGACUGGACUCUGAUGGAAAUUAUCAGCCAAGCGCUGUUAAUGGAGUCCGGAGACGCUUCGCAAGUUCCAAAAUGUCGAAUUCCGAUGAUUCGCGCUCCAAGAUCACGAGACCGGGCUCCAUCUUGUCCAGAUUCGGGCGGUCAUCUGGAGCUAGUUUUUGGACGCAAUUAGCGAAUAAUAAAAGUAUUGUGAAGAAACUUCGUCGAAAUCGUCGUCUAAUGAGACAGCGGGCGAUGGAAGCAAUGACAGGAGACAGCCACAUCGACCGUGUUUCCAGAGUGAUGUUUCCCUUGACAUUCUUCCUCUUCAACGUGGUCUACUGGUUCGCCUAUUUAUCACAUCGCCAGGCCGAAAUCGUGCACAAUACCGUCGACCAUCGCUCAGAUGACCAUGAAUGA